AGAAAACAACUUUACUCCGUUCUACUUGUUUCUAUUUGUAUGGAAAUUUCCAGCGAAGCGGAAAAACGGAACUGCGGUGGGAUAUUAACAACCAGCAGGGGAAUACUCACCAGCCCAAAUUUUCCAGGACCGUUCGAAGUACCGAAGAAAUGUCAGUGGGUUAUCGACGCUAGCAACGCUUCUACUCAGAACGCGUCCAUCGUCGUAUAUUUCACGCAACUUUUUUUAUUCGAAGGUUUAAGCUUUACGGAGUACCAGAUUUACGGAAACGACUACAAAAUUAAUCCGAAAUUAAUCCACAAAGUCAACGAAACGAACAUCACCCGAGUGCGAUGGAUUCAAACUCACCAGGCGUUUCUGGUCAUCGAAUUGGAUGUUCUUUCCUUAGAUUCGGCACACCUAAGGGUGUUGGAAAACUUUUUAGAUAUCUACGGGUUCAACAUCACGUACGAGAUCACAAGCGCAGAAUUAAGAAGUCCUUCCUGUACGAUGAUGGACUGCGGAUUUACCGGCGUCUGUUAUGAUUAUUACACAAAGUUUGCCUGCGAAUGUUUUUCGGGCUAUGCGGGUCCCAGUUGUUCCGAAGGACCAAAGUCGCUUUGCGACGCCGGGGGAUCAUCCGCUUGCAAAAAUGGAGCAACCUGUUUGCACGUUGGAGUAUCCGCUAUCAAGUGCCAUUGCCCGGAUGAAUUUACCGGAAAACUCUGCGAAGUUCCAAAAGAAAGCGCCAAUUUUAAAGGUUGCUCUAAUUGCUCAAACGUAUGCGACUUCACUGACGAGUCGGAAGGUAGAUGCAAAUGUACAAAGUCAGAUACAAAAAUAAAUCGCCACGGAUUCCCAAUUACUCUUCAUAUGGGCAAUUUGCCAUUACUUGUUGCUGAUGACCUGAAAAACUUUAUUAGAUUGCAGUUGUUAAACCAUUUGGAAGGCAAUAUCGCCAAACCUGAAGAUUUAGAAAUUACUAACCUGAUAUAUUUUAAAUCCGGCGCCGACGUCACAUUCAACAUUUAUGGCUCUAAGAAGGACGAAAAAAAAAUUAAAGGCAUUAUAACCAAAUGGUUAGACAAAAGGUUCGUCGGUAACAUCACAGUAUCAGAAAAAGACGACUCCAUUAGCACGCUUUUGUCCCUUCAGAGUUUGGAUAUAAAUCAAUUCGGCGAAAUAAAUGAAAACGAUGAGUUUAUACUGAGCUGUGUCGCGAGAGGUUCGCCCACCAUGAACUUUCGUUGGUUCAAAGAUGGCGCAGCAGUGAACUUGACUAUGACAGGGUACAAAUGGACCAAAUUAAUCAAGGACCCCCACGUUACUGAUCAGUAUAUGGCAAUUCUCGCGGUCGAAAGGGCACAACGCAGCGAUGAGGGUACGUUCACUUGCCAAGUGGAAGUUUUUAAUUUCCAUCAGUGCCUCUCUAAAUUCGUGAAAGUGAAAAAAAAGACAUCGGUCAAGAUCGAGCCGAUGAGCUUGACAGUUCGAAAGGGCCAAAAAUUUAUAGUCAAAUGUGUGACAGAUGAUGACAGCACCAUUCUCGGAAAAUAUACAUACAGUUGGACUAAAAACAAGGAAUUGCUCGCUACCCGGACCGAGUUUGAAAAAUACGAAAUUCUUUAUCCUGCGGGGACUAUUUUGCAAGUUUUCAAUGCAGAGAAAGACGUUCGAUAUUCUUGUUUGGUGCAAGAUGGCGCCACUUCGAUAGAGAGGAACAUAUACGUCUAUGUUAUUGAUGACAAAAAAGUUCACACCUGUCAACCAGAAGGCAGUUACAAUUUGCUGUGGCCUGAAACGGCUCCUAACGCUGAUAGCAUUCUGGAAUGCCCGGAAAAUUUUGUCGGCAUUACGACCAGGAAAUGUAUACUGCAGGACGGCACAAUACCAGUUUGGGGCCACCCGGAUUUUUCCCAGUGCACGCAUACAUCGAUAAGACAAUAUUAUAGAAAGUUUGAAGAGUUUACAGCGGGAUAUUCAGUAACUACGCCAGGCCAAGUGUUAAGUGAUUUCCUACACUAUAUUAAAAACGUACGAAAAAAACGUCUGCUACCAGGGGAGGGAUCCGGAAUCUUACAACUAACCAAAAAUAUUGUUAAUCUUUUGCCGGUAGUGGGACAUCUAAAUGGAGAUAGCCCGGCUGAGGUCACCUGUACAAUAUUCGAAAUUGUCGAUGAAAUUUCUUCCAUCCCGCAGGCCCUCAUCAAUCCGGCGGAUAUAAGACUGCUACAAGAGGUGAUCGUAAAUCACCUGUCUCUAAAUUUAAAUCUAGUGCGUCGCAGUAACUUGACGGCAGUCAAUUCUGUUCUAAACUCGGUCGAUGUAAGCGUCAUAAACCGAACAAGCCAUACCAUUUCGAUACUAGGCACACCGAAAAGCGUCAAAAAGCGGGAUCGAAUUUUGCCUACUUUGAUGCUGCCCCGUAACGAGUCGGAUGCUGCCAGCGUAUUGGCGAGAAUCGUUUAUGGAAAUUUCUCAACAUUUUUUCCUCUGAAAUCAUUUUUAAGGAUAGUGGACGGGACAGAAGUCGGCUACGAAAUAUUUUCUCAAGUAGUAACCGUAGUAUCCUUAACGAAAUCAGAGCAAAAAGGAGAGUUUGUCGUCGUUUUUACACACAGCGUUACUGCGCAGCUCGCAAAAAAUGGAAAACGGGCCAUAAAAUGCGGCUACGCAGACGAAAGGAUGUUCGCUUACACAUGGGACAUUUUUCCUUGCUUCGCACAAAGUGUCGACCAUGUGACCACUAAAUGUCGCUGUUCGAAGUACGGUUCGGUGGUGCUGCUACUUAUUGCUCAAUCGGAGAUAUUGGAAAGAUCCGACACCCCGCAGAACUACAUUUUACUUCUAGGAAGUUUGAUCGGGAUAAUGUUUACGCUAAUAGCUACGUCGUGUGUUGGAAUAUCUUGCUUUCUAGUUAGAGGAGGCUCUUACGGUUUAGCUCUGGAACUUCAAUGUUCAUUCGCCACGUUUGUUUUUCAAGUUCUCUUCACGAUGGCCGUCAUUUUGGAACCUCCUCAGCAAUAUCUAAUGGUGUUUAUUACUUUUCUCGAAAUGUUCUCGUUAGUGGCGAUAUCGAGCAAUCUCAGUAAAGUGCUCGUAGUGUUUACUGAACUAAUUGAAAUUCCUAAAGCUCAAACAUCAAAAUUUACGGUGACGGGAAUUAUAUCAGGAGUUCCUCUUAUAACAGUUUUCGCAAACCACUUAACUUACAGAACGAUGAACAAGAAAUUCGAAUCUUGGUGGAUGGUAGCGAACUCGCUCUCUUUUAACAUUUACAUCAUCGUUCUGUCAAUUGUAACCUUGAUGUUCGCUUUUAUUUAUCUGGUGGUGAUUAAAAAACUCCAGCAGUUGUUCGCUCUCCACGAAACUCAUCGGCAAGCUAUUCAGAAGAGGAUGACUUUGGUGAAUCAAACCGGAUGUGUAUUCAUCUCUAUAAUGGGGUUCACGAUUAGCAGUGUUAUUUACGUUAACUACAACCACUCCAUUUGGAAUACGUACCAGUUUACCAUCGCCAGUCUCAGCAUGGGAUCGAGCUUGCUAAUAUUUCACGUGAUUACUUCGGAAAAUAAACUGAGUCAUAUAAUAAAAUGGAGAAAUGAGAAAGACAACAGUUUACUGUUAACAGAGCUCACCGGUAAACCUCUGAACUUUCUCGUACGCCAACAAGCUGCCAAGUCGGAGAACGAAAACGCGCCUGGUGCCAAACUCGAGAACCGGCAGUUCUGCCUGAACUCGAUAGAGGGCGCUAAGGCGGUCGACAAUUUCCAAAACGGCACCAAGUCCUUCGAAUAUUUUCAAAUGAGCGCUAUUUUCCGCGGCGAAACCCGCAAAGAGACGGUCGUCACGAGAGACGCUCAGCCUGCUACGGACUCGCGCAGCUUAGACGCGCAGAGGCAGAGCAAUCCGGAAAACGACGGGAAAUUGCACUCGCCCGACAUAUUGACGACGAAAAUGUGCGUGGAAUUAGAUCUGGUAGCUUCCAGCAUACACGUGACGGAAACUAACGCUGUCGAGGGGAACGAUAGCGAAAGGUGCGGACAUUUUUUUCCUCAGCUGACGACAUUUAAGGAGGCGUCAGUAGAAAGUGAAGUUAGAAACGACAGCAAAGAAAAUACGUUUCUUAAAGCGGCAGUCGAAAAUGAGGUGAGAAACGACGGCAAGGAAGACGCAUUACACAACCAAGCGUCUUAUCCAAAGAUCGUGAUUACAGACAUCGAUAGAAAAUUCGAAGAUGCAGAAGAAGAGAUUUUGAAACUUAAUCCUCCAUUCGAGGACGACAGUCUGAGCGGCGUUUUAGAUAGCAUUUCGCAAGAUUUGGAUUACUUGCUGAACCGGAAUGAUUCUGCCUCGGAAUCGGUGUCGAGUUUGUGCCAAAAGAGGAUUUGCGCGAACAAAAUGGCGAUCAGUUAAUGUUCCGUUAAUGGUUGACGCGCUGUUGUUGUAGACGUUGUUUUGUUUCGUUAAAACAUGUCCAAAUUGCUCAGAAAGUCUUUUUUUACGACGUAGACCAGCGACAGAUAGACCUCUUGGGUGAAUUUUAAAUUGGAGACAAAACAUCAUAUGUCCUUUUCUAAUAAUAAUAAUAAUAGUUUUUAUUGAGAUAUUUAAAAUUCUUGCACAAAAUAUUUGACAACUGUUCAUAUAAAGGUUAAUACGUAAAAACUGCAACAGUUAAUUGUAACACUGAUUUGUGAAAACCUUUUCUUUUUGAGAAGAAAUCUAAGAUUUAGAAUGGACAUCAACCCUACACAGAUAUCCACUCCGACUCUAGGUGUAAGAUUAUGUUCCACACAAAACUCUACAUCUUUAAAUAGUUUAAAACUGGCCUUGUUAUUUGUUAUAAAAUUUUCAUUUUCUUGGAGAUUGCAUACAGUGACAAACCUUUGUACAUAAAUUUGAUGUCGAUAGGCUUCGUGAUCGAAAUACUAUUUUAGGAGCCUGUCGAUACUCAUUCUAAAUAGCUUUAUCAGAAUAUUUAGACACAUUUGAAGUAUAGUGGCUUUUAACUUUUAACUCAAAUCGCAAGACAGCAAAAGGAGAUUUCGGCAACAGGAAACGUUUGCAGAAGUUAGGUUGCUUUUUUCCAAUAAUAUCAAAAUAGUGUAAACCCCAAAGAGCAAUGCCACUAAAAAACAACUGAGGAUGGUACUAUUAAAAACCUCUAGGAGAUAAGUUUAGAUUUGUAAAACAAGGUUCUGUAUGUUGUUGGGUCUGUGUUACAAAAGAUUUUGUCAUUUCCCUAACAAAAGAAAAAGAGGAUACAGUAACUCCACCUAUUUUUUUUUAAUUAUAGCUAAAGCAACGUUCACAUUUGUAAGAAUUAUAAGAUAUAUCCAGAAUGUUUUUCGUCCCUAGAAGAGCUUUGUGAAGUUCAUACUGAAGCACUGAACGAUUCUUCAAUUAUGUUAGUAAAGAAUAUUUCGUAACCUUGAAUACAAAAGUUCCUAGUAAAAAUUGGUAUUUAGUUUUGAGCUUGAGCCAUUUCAAUUCAAAUAUUUUUUCUGAUAUACGACCGAACUUUCUCUAACCAUUAACG